CAUGAGCCUCAGUCAGCACAGCAGUGAGAUACAACAAGCUUGAUUAAGUGUUGGCACUGAGGGAAUUGUAUGUUUAAGCCAUCAAGAUGGACACGGCUCACUUGGUGACCUUCCUCCUGCUCUUGUGCCUUCCUGAGCGUGCGUUAUUUGACAACACUUCAGUGUAUGUGGGAUCUGUGUUUGUGGAGGAGGCUCUUCACAGGGCCAUUGAGCUGACGGAUGCUGCCUAUGCUCACACGAGCCAGAGGAUGACAAAGUCUCUGUCUGACGGGGCUCUGAGACCAACGGAUCUGUUGGCUCAGUUCAAACAGACAGAGACCAGAACCAGGACUCACAUUCGGGCUGCAGAGCUGCUGGACAACACGGUGGAGCUGAUCAGAGAGAUGGUCUACACUCACACUAUGACUCAGCCCAGCAGUCACGAUCUGCUGAGUGAAGAAGAAGUCAACAAUCUACUGCAGGCUACUGGCUGCUUGGCUCAGUUGCACACGCCCAGCUGUCCUACUGGAUGUCUGUCUGAGCGCUACAGGUCCAUUAGUGGACAAUGCAACAACAGACAACAUCCCAGAUGGGGCUCUGCAAACAUUCCAUAUUCUCGCUGGCUGCCUCCAGAGUACGAAGACAUGUGGGGGGCACCCAGAGGCUGGGACCCAGACCACACCUACCACAACUUCAGCCUGCCUCCUGUCCGCCUGGUGUCUCAGGAGGUUCUUUUCACUCACAACGACAACAUCUCACUAGACUCCACUCUGUCCCACCUGCUGGUCGAGUGGGGCCAGUGGAUAGACCACGACUUGGUGCUGACCCCACAGAGCGCCAGCACAACAUCUUUCCGGACCGGAGUAGACUGCACGCGCACCUGCAGCCGAGAAACACCGUGUUUCCCCAUUCAGAUUCCACAGUCCGAUCCCCGGUAUGGCACACAGAGUUGCAUGCCUUUCUUCCGCUCUGCUCCAAGCUGCGUGGAUAGCAUUGUCCCCCGUCAGCGACGUGAGCAGCUUAAUGCCAUCACCUCCUUUGUGGAUGCCAGUAUGGUGUAUGGCAGCUCUGACAGCCAGGCGGUGGCACUGCGUGACCACUCCUCACCUCUUGGCUCAAUGGCCUGCAACUCACAGCAUUCAGACGGGGAGCUGGCCUACAUGCCUUUCCUGCCGCGCCAGCAGGCUCACUUGGACCCCUGCGGCCCUCGAGAGCAGUCUACGCCUCAACGCAAUGAAACGUCUUGCUUCCAAGCUGGUGAUUCAAGAGCCAAUGAGCACCUGGGCAUGGUGGUCUUGCACACACUCUUCCUGCGAGAACACAACAGGCUGGUCAAAAGGCUUCACAGGCUCAACUCCCACUGGAGUCCAGACACCCUCUACCAGGAGGCCCGAAAGAUCGUAGGAGCCAUCCACCAGAUCCUAACAUGGGAGUAUUACCUGCCACGGGUCCUCGGAGAGCCGGCCAUGUCCAGGCAGAUGCCUCCCUACAAGGGUUAUGACAAUGAUGUGGAUCCCAGCAUAGCCAAUGUCUUUGCCACUGCCGCUUUUCGCUUUGCUCACGUUACUGUGCAGCCAGUUGUGUCCAGACUGGGGCCAGGGUACACCCCUAACUCCCAGCAUCCCUCACUUCCUCUGCAUCAUUCCCUGUUUGCCUCGUGGAGGGUCGUCCAGGAGGGUGGGAUAGAUCCGGUGCUACGUGGCCUCUUGUUGUCUCCUGCAAAGCUACAGACCCCAGGCCAGAUGAUGGUGGAGGAGCUAACUGAGCGUUUAUUUCAGGCUCAAGGAGGGAUGCCUCUGGACCUGGGGGCUCUCAACCUUCAGAGGGGCCGGGACCAUGGCCUUCCAGGCUACAGUUCAUGGCGGAAGUUCUGCGGGCUCUCUGUUCCCAACACAACAGCCGAACUUGCAGAAAUUCUCGGUAACCCAACUCUAGCUCACAAGUUCCAGCAACUGUAUGGGACACCGCACAACAUUGACGUGUGGUUGGGGGCCGUCUCUGAACCAGCUCUACCUGGAGGCCGAGUGGGACCACUGCUGUCUUGUCUGCUGGCCAGACAGUUCCAAGCCCUGAGAGACGGAGACAGGUUUUGGUGGGAGAAGGAGGGAGUAUUCACCAGCUCACAGAGGACCCACCUCCACUCUGUCUCCUUAUCCCGAAUCAUUUGUGACAACAGUCACAUCACCCACGUGCCCAAAGACCCCUUCUCACGCACAGGGAGCCCUGAUGACAUGCUGGCCUGCUCCAGCCCCCUCAUCCCCCACCUCGACCUCAGCCCAUGGAAGGAACCACACUCAGAUCCAAACUGUGGCCCCAUACCCAGAAUUCAGUCGGGCUACUCUCUACUGUGCGACCCUGUGAUCAUGUACGAGUGUCAGCUUGGUUUCAAGCUGCAAGGUUCUCCAACCAUCAGCUGUGAUGUCCACAGUCUGCAGUGGAGCUCACCGCCUCCAACAUGCUUUGAUAUCAAUGAAUGUGAACAACACAUUCCUGUUUGUCCGCAAAAUAUGGAGUGUCUGAACCUGCCAGGUUCCUUUUCCUGCUCAGAGCUCUCCCAGCCAUCUGCUGUGUCAGUUGUGAUUGCAGCCAUGGUCGUGAUAGGUGGUGUCGUCGGAUUACUGGUCAUAAUUAGUUGUUUUCAAGGGUAUUUUCCCAGCAAAGAAGCGCUCGUCUGUGCAGGACAUUGCCGAGGGAAAAGUUAAACAACAAUUUCAAAAAUUUUGGGAACUGAAUGAAGCUUUUAUAGUCGUGGACGGAGGUGGGAGCAAGUCAGUGUUUUGCAUCAAGUAAGUCUCAAGUCUUUAAUCUCAAGUCUUGAGUCUCAAGUAAAGAUGUGCAGAACCAAGUCAAGUCUCAAGUCAAGAUAAGACAGGUUGAGUCAAGUCCAAAGUCAUAGGCUUGAAUUUUUUCAUUCAUUACAAGUCAUAAGCUCUGUUUAAGUGUCUCCCAAAUAAAAUACCAUUUGAACAAUGUAGCACUCUAUCAAAUCUGACAAAUACAAUGAAAGCAUUUAGAAUUGUUUUAUUAAGUGUGACAAGACUUCAGUCACGGAAAAAGUGCUGACAUAGAAUUCAAGAUUUAUGUAAUCCACACAUUUGUUUGUUCUUAAACCUAAUUGGAUGUUAAUAGAUCCAUUCAGUGAGGCAGGCUCAAAGGAAAAAUGUAUUGUUGAAUACUUUUGAAUGGGGACACAUUUUACUCAACAAAUUCACUGAAAAUCUGUAUUUCCAAGUCAAGUCUCGAGUCAUUGAUGUGAAAGUCCAAGUUGAAUUGCAAGUCUUUGCUAUUGUCCGACUUGUGAGACUCGUCCACACCUGUGGUAAUGCAAAAGUAACAUGAAGCUGGCAUGUUGAUUAGUUCAGCAAUCAGUAUCAAAGGACGAGGUCAUGUUUUGUCCUUUGUGCUGUGUGUUAUGACACCAAGCUGUCUCACUGUACUCAAUUAUUAACAUGACUUACUGAAGUCUACUGCAACUGUAUUGUGAGGCCAGUGUAGAAUGAACAAGCUUACAAUGGUAUUUUCAAGCCGGAAACCACAGGCUUACUGGAAUGUCUACUCCGAAAACACAUUUUCAUUCCAUAAAGCCCUCUUGAGUCGGACGUGGCCUCAUAGUGUUUAUUCAGUAUUCCGGUGUUGAAUUCCUUCUUACAAACCUGUAAAACGUGGGUGUGUCUUUGUUUUAUGUCACUGUACACAGGCCUUUCAGGUGUUGACGUCACUUGAAAAUCAUUUCAAAGAAGUGACAAAUAGGACAAGCAUGGCAUUGUCAGACUUUGUUGGCAGUUAUCAACAGUACACCAAAGCUGGAGACCUCAAAGCCCUAAAGAGGCCAAGUAGAGUUUAUUGCACGUUUGUACCCACACGUUUCUUCAUGUUCACCUUCAAGGUACAGUUUUCUUGAGACGACAGUUAAAAAUGAUAAUAAAUGUAUGCCAUGAGGUAAAACAACCAAUGCAAAUUGAAUAAUAUGGCUUUGGACUGCAUUCAUGCAAAGUUGGAAAUCCUCAUACAGUACACCUUUUUCUCCAUCUAAAAUAUUGAAAUAGCCAGGAGCUACUAAUUUUUUAACACAUUUUCAUAGCUUAUUUCCACCCAAACAGAAUAACAACAACAAUUGUUCACCUGCAUUUGUAUUGUAACUUGUAUUUCAGUAUGCACUUCUUCGUAGAGCAGGGGUCUCCCAAUUUCCAUCACCAUUAGGACUACUUGGACAAAAAAGUAGAGGCGAGCUACUUUAGUUAUGACUGGCAACAUUUAAAUUGUAUUUUAUUUACAAAGCACAUCUCCACUCAAACAGUGCGGUCAUUUAUGCUGUUCUGUGGUCAUUUGUCAUUAAAUAGGGAUAUCAUUUCUGAAUUGAACAGUUCUACAAAUACUAAGAGUUUCAGCAAAUGUUCUUUGACUCUUUGGUGAGCUACUCUAAAUCAGCCAGCGAGCUACUGGCAGCUUCCACCCUUCCUGUUGGAGACCUUUGGGGCCAAAUGUAUAAACCAUGCGUAGACAUAAAAAAAGUGUGUGUACGCCACCUCCCAUAUUUAAUUCAAAUGUACAAAAAUCCAUGGGUGGCGAGAAUGUGCGUACUGCUACGCAUCAUUCACAGCACCACUUCUCACAAAUUUUUCCAAAUGUAUAAAAUCCACGAGCAGUGAGUGUGCGUACUGGCACGCAUGCUUCAGACCAUGUGUAGCCUAUACAGUCCUUUGGUUUAGAUUUGAAAGGACAAAAUGUGUAUUUGUGAGAAUCAUUUCAUUUAGAUUUCUUUAAUUUCACUUCUUUGUUAGACAGUAAAUAAGAUCUUCGUAUCCUAACAUUGUAUUUAAUUAUUUUAUUUAUAUCUUAUUAAUAUGAGUAAAAAAUACAAGCACAUUACUCUACCAGUAAAGGUCUGCAUAAUAGUCAGCGGCUGUGCUGUGUUGCACAAUCUGGCUGUAAGAAAUCAAGCCCCAUUUCGAACUGACCGUGGCAGACCUGAUGCAGCCCACCAGCCAGCAAGACAACUGUGUCCUCAGGUGAUGCAGUGACUGCAUGGAGUGAAUGAAACAAUCAGCUAACCUGCUAACAAGUUGAUUUCAUUUAUUCCCCCUCGGAGUUCCCUUAGGUCCAUGGCAACUUUGUCAAUAGAAUUUAUCAUUUAUUUUUGUGAUUCCAUCAUACAGCCAGUGAGGACACAUGCACAUGUCUGGGCAGGUGAAGGCCGUGGUACACUGGCAUAGACUUCUCCCCCCGACUCAACUUAUGGAAGUAGCAACAUCUUCACCUAUUAAUGAAAUAACACUGUAGCGAAGAACAAACAUGUUUGUCUUCAUUGUAAGUCCAAUUAAACUAUGAUUUAAACUGGGUGUGUUGCCUAAAUCCAUAUGCGCAGGCUCGUCUGUGUCCUCCAUGUCAUCCAGCACAAUGCCACUGAUGGCAGUUUGACUUAGAGUGGAAGCCACGCACUCAUCCAGUGAGAGCAUACUGGGGUUCCCUCUCCUCCUCCGGUGGCACACAUGCUGUUACUGUCCGCAGCAAUGCAUUUCUUAGCCUUUUUUGAAGUCGGACCAUUUUUUACAAUCUCCUCCAGGGUUUUCGUCUCAGAACUCCCUUAAUUUACGGCCUCUGUUACCGAAUACACAUUUUCUUUUUUUGUACUUGUUCUACCACUACUUCCAUUUAACAAUGUGUGGAAUUGCGCUUCUUCUCUUUCAUUUCCGCCAUCUCGACUCAAAAUGAAAUAUCUUGUGCCUUUUAUAUGUUAAAAAAAGGCAACCGUGGGAGUGAGUUGGAAGCUAUCUAAGGUGACUUAUGGGCAUGGUCACAAUAUGUGGAGUUUUAUACAUCAAACGGAAAGACUGUAUGCAUGUUUCCUGUUCUGUGUGUACACAGAUUUUUAGACCUAAAUGUACAGAGUUUUAUACAUUUGGCCCCUGGUGUAGAAAAUACACCGUGUUGAUUUCAGAAUAGCAAAACAUCACUCAUCACGUAAGCUUUUCUACUACAUGUCAUCUACACACACCAACUGUGGAGGACAGUACAUGUGAUUGAACAUGGCGAGCCAACAGGAGACUGCAGCUGCUACUUCUUAACAAGGCAUCAAGAACAUAAAGUGCAACCUUGCAAAAUUCAGACCAUGCUGGCUGACGGCACAAAUUGUCAUGGCUGAGCUUGUGUGGUGGUACCUCAAAGUAAUGUUUAUACAGCUUUUGAAUGUACGUGGCACCUAUGUGAAUAUAAUUUCAGAAUAACAUUUUUCAUGAAGCAUGAAGUUUUGGGACUUCCGGCACCUGAUUUAAACUGGAAUUCCACGAUACAACUUGUGAUGUAAGGACGGAUAUACAUAUUGAAUGUUUAUAUAAGCCUUCAAGCGUAAUAAAAAACUAACUUUACCUUUCAUUAUCUUAUUGUGAUCGGGCAUUUCCUUGGUUGACUCAUACAGCAUUAAAGCUGUUAUUACCACAUUGUACGCCUAAGGUGCUGUGGUCGGCUCCUCAAGCUGGUCCAGUGGGUCCCCUAACCCUGCUCCGUGAGGUAGAAACCCAACUUGGCCACAGUCAUUUCCCUGCGGAGACGCAUCACCUCCCAGAACAUCUGCUCUGCUGGAUUCCAGCAGCAAUAGCAACACAUUAGGUUUGGGUUGAGCAGAAAAUGUGAUUUUAUGAAUGAACUUACCAUCGUGCCUGACCAGGCCCUGCUGAAUGUACCGGAUAUACGUAAAAAAAUUGCACACAGCCGUGAUCUGGAAAGGUGAAAUGAGGCCAUGUAAAAUGGCAGCAGUAGCACUGAAUGGAGAUAGAGCUCAAAGAGACACUUACCCGUGCUCGACUAGAGGGGGAAAUGUAGUAGUAACUCCCCUUGUCGCCAAGUUUAAUGCGAUGUCUGCACAGUCGCGACACGCCGCUUAACGCACAUUUUCUAAAAGCAGAUCAGAAUAGUUCAUUGUUAAAUGAACUGUUGCCCCAAUAAUGGUGUGCAUGCUGUUUUAUUUCAACCAACAAUGAACAUCCAGUUGUGAGCUUUUAGAUGAAAAGGAACAUCCUGGCUAGAAAUGAUGUAACAUGAGGCAGAAGGUUCAGUUAGUCACUGGCUGCAAUGUGUAGGUGGUUAGAGGUCAGACACGUGUAUCUGGUGCCUUUAUUGACAUAUUUGAGGAUAAAAUGAGCUGUGUUAGCACAAGAGUCAUCUCAUUCUGCAGUAAAUAUGUGCUAGUGGAAAGUUAAAAAGAUU